AUGUCGCGACGUUCGGUCGGCAGUGCAACGGAACAGAAAGAUCACGUGUUGAUCGAUGAACAUCCUGACAACCGAGAAGAAAUCUCUGGCGCCUCACAGAAAUGUGGUUUUACCAGAAUAGGAGAAGGGAAGCGAUUAUUCUUUAUAGAGUGCAUUUGUGGAGAAAAAGCUUACAUGCCUGGAAACUUUCCUGCAAACAAAGAAAUAAUUCUGAAAUAUAAUUUGAAAAACUACUUUCUAGUCUUCCAAACUACCAGUGACUCUGAUUCAGGACCCGAUGAUAGAAAUCCUCCUCCCAAAAGAGUGAAGACUGAUAAGGUAUCAAAAUCAAAACAAGAAAGUGAGGACUCUAUGUUUCAGCUUUCCAAGAUGCGGUUUGUCAGUGUUAGGGAAUUUCGAGGAAAGGUUAUGGUGGACAUCAGAGAGUAUUAUGAAUCAGAUGGAGACUUGAAACCUGGUAAAAAAGGUAUCUGUCUUAAUCUCGACCAGUGGAAGGCUCUGAAGUCACAUAUUGAUAACAUUGAUGAAGCCGUCAAGCAGUUUUAGGCUUUUUCAAUAGAUUUGGUAAACUACCUUUCUCUGAUGAAAGGGAAUUGGUUUGUUUUUUGUUCUUAUAAGUAUAGACUAAGAAUGUCCAACAUCACACAAUUUGAGGAAUUGUGGUUGAUGUUUAUAUCAUCAUUGUGUUUUGUAAAUUAAUACAAUAAUGUUAUGUGAUUCUUCUGUUUUGUCUUUCAUAAGCUCUUAAGUGUUGUUUUUACCAAUUGUAUUGCAUGUCAUUCGUCUUAUGAUUGUAGUUACUUAGACUAGUUUUAUGUACUAGUUUGCAUGAUAUUUGUGGUAUUUACUCAUCGAUUCAUCUAACUCUUUGCCUACGUAUAUUAAGCUACUUUUCAACUAAUAUUUUAUCUGGUCUAGAUAAACAAGUUUGUCCUUAAUUUAAAUUUUUGAGCAAUGAAAUUGUUUAUACUACAGUAAGCUUGUAAUAUAAAUAAAACCACUGGUAAAUAAUAUUGGCUAUGUGACAUAAAUUAUGUUCUUUCAGAUUUUUACAGAAUGAAGAAAUUUUAACAAAUCAUAUACAAGAGAUAGUGUAAUACUAAACAAUAAAUUUAGUUAUGACAUUUUUUUAAAUUUUGAAGCUAAUUUUGGAGAAUAUUCUAAGUAAUGUUUCAGACUAUUAUAAGGUAAAUAUUUAUGGAUGAAAUUUUUUCUUUUUCUGAGUUUUUUUGUGAACUUCCUCACUUGAUAUUAUGGAAAUGGAUAAGAAAACUACAAUCAUUUAGAAUCUGUAUUCUCUUUUUCUUUUCUUUCCUCUUUAAGAGUUUUUUUUGUAAACUUCACAUGAUGUUAUAAAAAUGGAUAAAGAAAAUGUUGUCAUUUCAAAUCUGAUUUUCAUUUCUUUAUUGAGAGUUUAUUGUGAGCUUUCCUCGCGUGAUAUUACAAACAUGGAUAUAAAACCUUUAGUCACUUCGAUUCUGAAUUCUCGUAUCAUUAUAAAUGUUAAUUCAUUAUAGAUGCGUACAUUAGAAGGGUAAUAAGGUAAUUAAUGUCUACCUCAUUAUACACCUUAGUUGAAAAAAUUUGACCUCGGACAUCCAAGUUAAAAACAGAUAGGUUGAGAAUGCUUUUUGUUGUUAUUGGAUCUAAAAAUAAUAAAUUAAAAUAACUUUGAAGUGUUUGAUAUUACUUCUGACUAGUUUUCUUUAGUGGUUGCAAAAGUGCUUUCAUUGUAUAAAAGGAUGCAUGAAAUGUGUUUCUAGAAAAGCCUGAAUCUGCAUGCUGUAAGUGGUUGUACAUGUCUAUGUGCUUCUGAACAUUAAGUGCCAUAAGGUUGAAAUACUAUUCAUUUAAAUACAAACUGUGGAUACUUAUGCAUGUUUUUGAACACCUUAACAAAUAAAAUAUGAAGAAAUUACAACAGUGUUAAAUCAACUCUAGUCUGAUUUGAUGCAAGUCACCCUUCUUUAAAAUGUAUCUUACCAAUACCUGUUUUCCUGGCUGAAUCUUUAAUAUUUUCAAUUCUUUAAACUGUGAUGUAUCUUACCAAUACCUGUUUUUUUUGUUUUUUGGCUGAAUCUUUAAAAUGUGAUGUAUCUUACAAAUGCCCGUUUUCCUGGCUGAAUCUUUAUUAUUUUCAAUUCUUUAAACUGUGAUGUAUCUUACCAAUACCUGUUUUGUUUUGUUUUUGGCUGAAUCUUUAAAAUGUGAUGUAUCUUACAAAUACCCAUUUUCCUGGCUGAAUCUUUAUUAUUUUCAAAUCAAUUAAAUUAUACUUGGACAUUUAUUAUCUACGUUAGGUUAUACAUUAGAGGAAUAUUACUGGUAUAUACUGUGUAACAUGCUAAAUCUUGGUGGAUUUUUUUUUAUAACAUGAUUUAUACAGCACAGUAAUUAAUGUGUGAAUUGUAUGACAUCAUAGCUGAAUAAUUGUGAAUUUUAUUAUGUAAUCAAUGAAGAAUUAUGGCUUGUAUGACAUAACAGCAUGUAUUACAAAUUAAAUAAAUAAUUGGGGCUGUUUAUUACAAACAAUAA